AUGGACCAGUACAGCCUGGGGGACGAGGGUGCCCUGCCAUCAAAGGUGCACCUGCCUCCGUUUUCUGAGAGCCCGGGACUCCAUUGCAGUGACGCCCUCAGCCGGGACCUGGGUCCCAGCACACGAGACCUGCUCUAUGCCAGCCUGAGUGGUUUGGACCUGGACCCUGGCCUCCCAAAGCCCGACGUGCCCAGCGAGGCCUUGGAGGACAGCGUCGACGCAGUGUCCCUGCACACGGGGAAGGACCCGGAGCCUGUGAAGCUGCUGGAGGAAUGUGCAGACCCGGAGUCGCAGAUGUCCUCACAAGACCUGGGGCUCGGCGUGCUGAAGGUGCCUAAAGAGCCAGAAGAAGGAGGCAGGGCCCCCGCUGGGAGCGCACGGAAAGGAAAGCGGCAGCACAGCUCACCCCAGAACCCACUCCUGGACUGCAGCCUCUGCGGGAAGGUGUUCAGCAGCGCCAGCUCGCUCAGCAAGCACUACCUGACGCACAGCCAGGAGAGGAAGCACGUUUGCAAGAUCUGCAGCAAGGCCUUCAAGCGGCAGGACCACCUGACCGGGCACAUGCUCACCCACCAGAAGACCAAGCCCUUCGUCUGCAUGGAGCCGGGCUGCAGCAAGAGCUACUGCGACUACCGCUCGCUGCGCCGGCACUACGAGGUCCAGCAUGGCCUGUGCAUCCUAAAGGAAGCCCCCGCGGAGGAGGACACCGGCGGGGACUCCCCCCACACCCAGGAGGCGGCCGGCCUGCCGGCACCCAGUGGCCUGCGGUCCCUGACGCCCCCGGAAGCCAGGCCCCCCAGCACCCUCUUGCCCAGCCGGGACCUCCUGCGCUGUAUUGUCAGCAGCCUGGUCCACCAGAAGGUCCCCUCCCCCUGCCCGGUUCCCCCAGGGCCUGCAGAUGGCAGUGAUGGCAGGAACACAGCCUGCCCCUGCCCGCCCUCCUUGGGGUCCUCCUCCUGCACCCCAGCAAGCGCUCCAGCAGCCCUAGGAACCCUGGGCCCCGAGGUUCCCGAGGAGCCCCGCCCCCCACAGGAGCCUGUCACCGACGUGUUCGCAGCGACCCACACAAGGGCGGCAGAGAAUGGUGGCUCCGACCCAUCUGAGUCGGAGCCCUGGCUGCUCCAGUUGCCGCCCGCCCUGGAGGGCUGGCCCGAGGGAGGCCCCCUGCCCGCCUGCCUGCCGCUGUUCCGAGGCCAGGCGGUCCCCUCCGGUCCCCAGCCUCCCACCCACAACUUCCCGUGGCUCCGCAACCGGAGUCUGUCGGGCUGCCCCAAGAGCAAAGGGAGCAACGUGUUUGUGGUCCGCAAGGCCCCCGCGGUGCAGUCCCCUGAGGGCCCAGAGUGUGGCCUGGGGUCCCCCACCAGGGAACCCUCGCCCGGCACGGGCCGCAGCCUGGAGGACGUGCUGCCCCUCCCUCCCUCGGGCGACCCCAGAUGUGCUGGUGGGGACGACGACUGCUCCUGGGCCUCCAAAGAGAGCAAGUUUGACUGUGACACUUUGCUGUGGCAGAAGCCCGGGGAGCCCAGCCUGCAGGAGGUCCAGCAGCCCAGCGGGCUCCCGGCGUCAGACGCCACCCCGCUCUUCCGGCAGCUGUUCCUGAAGCCGCAGGAGCCCCUGGUGAGCCACGAGCAGAUGCAGGUGCUCCAGAUGAUCACCAAGUCCCAGCGGGUCUUCUCCCACACCCAGGCGGCCGCCGCGUCCUCCCCGCUCCCCGAGGGCAAGCAGGCCGCCCUGAAGUCAGGUCCCUGGCCGCAGCAGCCCCUGCCGCUGACACCCAGUGCCGACUCUGUCCAUGCCAGCCCCGGAAGUCUGGAGCCCGAGGGGUCCCCAGCCCAACGGAGAAAAACCACACCUGCGUUUCCCAGAGCAGCCUCUCCGGGCAGUGUGAAACGGGACUCGAAGGGAGGACCCAAAGGGGCCACCGCUCCACCGUCCCUCAUUGUGUCAUCUCUGGACCCUCCCGGGAAUGCAGACAUCUCUUUGGCCAAGCAGUUGAGGCCCACAAAAGGGACUUUGGACCUGGGGGACAUCUUCUCCCCUGGUGGCCCACAGCAGACACAGUCCGGUGGGGACGAGACCCCGGGAGCCCAAGUCCCCGGGAAGCAGGCCCAGGCUGAGAACAGCACGGCACCCGGAGCCUCGAAGGGCGACAAGGGCACGGCCUGUUCCCGGGGCGGAGGCCACAGGCCCUUCUCCGGCAACCCCAGGGCCCAGCGCUUCUCGGGCUUCCGGAAGGAGAAGGCGAAACUGGACACGUGCUGUGCGGCCUCUCCCAGCCAGGUGGCCAUGGCCUCCUUCUCCUCGGCCGGGCCGCUGGUGGGUCCCCCCCGAGACUCCAAGUCCAAGCUGACGAUAUUCAACAGAAUCCAGGGCGGGAACAUCUACCGGCUCCCCCAUCUGAUGAAGGAGGAGAACCCAGCAGCUGGAUGCAGCCAGCACCACGGGGCCCCUGCGGACGGCGCGGAGCCGCGGGGCACCCACGUCUGCCGGAACUGCAGCCAGAUGUUCUACACCGAGAAGGGGCUGAGCAGCCACAUGUGCUUCCACAGCGACCAGUGGCCGUCGCCUCGAGGGCAGCAGGAGCAGCAGGUCUUUGGUGCAGAGUUUUGCAAGCCAACAAGACAGGUGCUGAGGCUGGAGGAGGAUGGGCAAAGUCCCCCAGGAGCCCAGAUGUCCCAGGACAGCACGGCCCCUUUGGAGAUGCCCACGUCGGUGCCUGUGGCUCCAGCACACCGAGCCCUGGGCAGCACGGCCAUGGGCCAGGAGAAGGAGGUGAAAGAGAGAGACAACAGGGAGAGCAGCCAGCACAGGAAGCGCAAGAAGCGCCCGCAGCCCAAGGCCUUGUUUGUCCCGCCUCCGCGCCGCUCCUUCGGGGAGCCGGGCCUGGGCAGGUGCCCCCAGAGCUGCCUGCGGGCCCCCGUGUUCCUGGUGGACCGCCUGCUGAAGGGGCUGUUCCAGUGCCCUCCCUACACACCGCCCCCCAUGCUCAGCCCCAUCCGGGAGGGGUCCGGGCUCUACUUCAGCUCCCUCUGCUCCACGUCCGCCCAGGCCAGGCCCGACAAGCUGCUCAGCACCAUGCUGGAUCGAAAGGAUGACUCGUUUGGUAUCUGUGUGGUGAAGGAUGACACCAAGAUCAGCAUUGAACCACACAUCAACUUAGGGAGCCGCUUUCAGGCCGAAAUCCCAGAGCUCCAGGAUAGGUCGCUGGCGGGCAUUGACGAGCACUUGGCCUCUCUGGUCUGGAAGCCGUGGGGAGAUGUGAUGACCAACCUGGAAACGCAGGACAGAGUGACUGAGCUCUGCAACGUGGCCUGCUCCAGUGUCAUGCCAGGAGGGGGCACCAACCUGGAGCUGGCUCUGCACUGCCUGCACGAAGCCCAGGGCGACGUCCAGGUCGCCCUGGAGACGCUCUUACUCCGGGGACCCCAGAAGCCACAGACUCACCCGCUCACUGACUACCGCUACACAGGCUCGGACAUCUGGACCCCUGUGGAGAAGCAGCUCUUUAAGAAGGCGUUCUGUGCCCACAAGAAGGACUUUUACCUGAUACACAAGACGAUCCAGACAAAGACCGUAGCCCAGUGUGUUGAGUAUUAUUACAUCUGGAAAAAAAUGAUCAAGUUUGACUGUGGCCGAGCCCCGGGGCUGGAGAAGAGGCUCAAGAGAGAGCCGGAGGAAGCCGACAGGACAGAAGCAAAGGUCACUGGCAGCCCUCGAGAGAGACCCAGCCACCGCCCAACCCCCGAGUUAAAGAUGAAGACCAAGGGCUAUAGGAGGGAGUCCAUCCUCAACUCCAGCCCCAACACGGGCCCCAAGCGGACCCCCGAACUGUCCGGCAGCGCCGAGGGCCAGAGCGUUUUCCCCUGCAGAGAGUGUGAGAGGGUGUUUGACAAGAUUAAGAGUCGAAAUGCCCACAUGAAGCGGCACCGGCUGCAGGACCACGUGGAGCCCAUCGUCAGGGUGAAGUGGCCCGCAAAGCCCUUCCAGCUGAAGGAGGAAGAGGAAGAGGAGGAGAUAGGGGCUGACAUCGGCCCCCUGCAGUGGUGA